AUGGUUUUAUUUGCAGAAAAAACAACAACAACAACAGAGCCAACCACAACCGAGUCUACCACCAGCCCCACAACUGAAAAAACUACAACAACAGCGACAACAACAACAACAGAAUCUACCACCAGUCCAACAACUGAAGUAACAUCAACUGUGACAUCAACCAGCAUUCCUUCCACAACAGUGCCAGUCUGUUUGGGUGUAUGGUCUCCUUGGUCUAAUAACCAUACACCAUCAGCGUCAUCUCCAGAUGAUUAUGAAUUGUUGAAACCAUAUGGCACUAAAUUGUGCCCAUCUACUUCCUAUGAAAUUACUAAUAUUCAGUGCCAAUUUGCUGACCAUCCUGAUUGGCCACUAAGUGCAUCGCCAGAUCCUGUGACCUGCAUUAAAGACAUAGGAUUGAUCUGCACGUUCUCUGGAAAUGCUUUUGGCCAAUUUUGUAGUGACUACAGAAUUAGAGUUUGCUGCGAGCCAACUGAGACUACAACUGUCCCCACGACUACAACUGAGUCUACCACCAGUCCCACGACUGAAGAAACAACAACAACAACAACAACAACACCCACGACCACCACAGAAUCUACCACCAGUCCUACAACUGAAACAUCUACAACAACCAGCACAACUGGGUCCACAACCACUUCCACAACUGAAGAAACAACUCCCACGGUGACACCAAGCACCACCACUACCUACACAACAGAAAAAACAACAACAACAACAGAGCCAACCACAACCGAGUCUACCACCAGCCCCACAACUGAAGAAACAUCAACUGUGACAUCAACCAGCAUUCCUUCCACAACAGUGACAGUCUGUUUGGGUGUAUGGUCUCCUUGGUCUAAUAACCAUACACCAUCAGCGUCAUCUCCAGAUGAUUAUGAAUUGUUGAAACCAUAUGGCACUAAAUUGUGCCCAUCUACUUCCUAUGAAAUUACUAAUAUUCAGUGCCAAUUUGCUGACCAUCCUGAUUGGCCACUAAGUGCAUCGCCAGAUCCUGUGACCUGCAUUAAAGACAUAGGAUUGAUCUGCACGUUCUCUGGAAAUGCUUUUGGCCAAUUUUGUAGUGACUACAGAAUUAGAGUUUGCUGCGAGCCAACUGAGACUACAACUGUCCCCACGACUACAACUGAGUCUACCACCAGUCCCACGACUGAAGAAACAACAACAACAACAACAACAACAACACCCACGACCACCACUGAAUCUACCACCAGUCCUACAACUGAAGAAACAACUCCCACGGUGACACCAAGCACCACCACCACCUACACAACAGAAAAAACAACAACUACAACAGAGCCAACCACAACCGAGUCUACCACCAGCCCCACAACUGAAAAAACUACAACAACAGCGACAACAACAACAACAACAGAAUCUACCACCAGUCCCACAACUGAAGAAACAUCAACUGUGACAUCAACCAGCAUUCCUUCCACAACAGAAGAAACAACUCCCACGGUGACACCAAGCACCACCACCACCUACACAACAGAAAAAACAACAACUACAACAGAGCCAACCACAACCGAGUCUACCACCAGCCCCACAACUGAAAAAACUACAACAACAGCGACAACAACAACAACAACAGAAUCUACCACCAGUCCCACAACUGAAGAAACAUCAACUGUGACAUCAACCAGCAUUCCUUCCACAACAGAAGAAACAACUCCCACGGUGACACCAAGCACCACCACCACCUACACAACAGAAAAAACAACAACUACAACAGAGCCAACCACAACCGAGUCUACCACCAGCCCCACAACUGAAAAAACUACAACAACAGAGACAACAACAACAACAACAGAAUCUACCACCAGUCCCACAACUGAAGAAACAUCAACUGUGACAUCAACCAGCAUUCCUUCCACAACAGUGCCAGACUGUUUGGGUGUAUGGUCUCCUUGGUCUAAUAACCAUACACCAUCAGCGUCAUCUCCAGAUGAUUAUGAAUUGUUGAAACCAUAUGGCAUUAAAUUGUGCCCAUCUACUUCCUAUGAAAUUACUAAUAUUCAGUGCCAAUUUGCUGACCAUCCUGAUUGGCCACUAAGUGCAUCGCCAGAUCCUGUGACCUGCAUUAAAGACAUAGGAUUGAUCUGCACGUUCUCUGGAAAUGCUUUUGGCCAAUUUUGUAGUGACUACAGAAUUAGAGUUUGCUGCGAGCCAACUGAGACUACAACUGUCCCCACGACUACAACUGAGUCUACCACCAGUCCCACGACUGAAGAAACAACAACAACAACAACAACAACAACAACAACAACAACAACACCCACGACCACCACAGAAUCUACCACCAGUCCUACAACUGAAACAUCUACAACAACCAGCACAACUGGGUCCACAACCACUUCCACAACUGAAGAAACAACUCCCACGGUGACACCAAGCACCACCACUACCUACACAACAGAAAAAACAACAACAACAACAGAGCCAACCACAACCGAGUCUACCACCAGCCCCACAACUGAAAAAACUACAACAACAGCGACACCAACAAGAGAAUCUACCACCAGUCCCACAACUGAAGAAACAUCAACUGUGACAUCAACCAGCAUUCCUUCCACAACAGUGCCAGACUGUUUGGGUGUAUGGUCUCAUUGGCAUAAUGAAAAUACACCAUCAGCAUCAUCUCCACAUGAUUAUGAAUUGUUGAAAACAUAUGGCCCUACAUUUUGCCCAUCUUCUUCCGAUGAAAUUACUAAUAUUCAGUGCCAAUUUGCCAACCAUCCUGACUGGCCACUAAGUGCAUCGCCAGAUAUUGUGACCUGCAAUAAAGACAUAGGUUUGAUCUGCACGUUCUCUGGAAAUCCUUUUGGCCACUUUUGUAGUGACUACAGAAUUAGAGUUUGCUGCGUGCCAACUGAGACUACAACUGUCCCCACGACUACAACUGAGUCUACAACCAGUCCCACAACUGAAGAAACAACAACAACAACAGCCACGACCACCACAGAAUAUACUACCAGUCCUACAACUGAAACAUCUACAACAACCAGCACAACUGAGCCCACAACCACUUCCACAACUGAAGAAACAACAACAACAACAACAACAACAACAGCCACGACCACAACAGAAUCUACCACCAGUCCUACAACUGAAACAUCUACAACAACCAGCACAACUGAGCCCACAACCACUUCCACAACUGUUACCACGGUGACACCAAGCACCACCACCUCCACAGCAGAAGAAACAACAACAACAGAGACAACCACAACUGAGUCUACCACCAGUCCCACAACUGAAGAAACAACAACAACAGAGACAACCACAACUGAGUCUACCACCAGUCCCACAACUGAAGAAACAACAACAACAACAACAACAGCCUUGACCACAACAGAAUCUACCACCAGUCCUACAACUGAAACAUCUACAACAACCAGCACAACUGAGCCCACAACCACUUCCACAACUGUUACCACGGUGACACCAAGCACCACCACCUCCACAGCAGAAGAAACAACAACAACAGAGACAACCACAACUGAGUCUACCACCAGUCCCACAACUGAAGAAACAACAACAACAACAACAACAGCCACGACCACAACAGAAUCUACCACCAGUCCUACAACUGUUACAGACUGUUUGGGUGUAUGGUCUGAUUGGCAUAAUAAACAUAAACCAUCAACUUCAUCUCCACAUGAUUAUGAAUUGUUGAAAACAUAUGGCCCUACAUUUUGCCCAUCUUCCUCCGAUGAAAUUACUAAUAUUCAGUGCCAAUUUGCCGACCAUCCUGACUGGCCACUAAGUGCAUCGCCAGAUAUUGUGACCUGCAAUAAAGACACAGGUUUGAUCUGCACGUUCUCUGGAAAUCCUAUUGGCCACUUUUGUAGUGACUACAGAAUUAGAGUUUGCUGCGUGCCAACUGAGACUACAACUGUCCCCACGACUACAACUGAGUCUACAACCAGUCCCACAACUGAAACAUCUACAACAACCAGCACAACUGAGCCCACAACCACUUCCACAACUGUUACCACGGUGACACCAAGCACCACCACCUCCACAGCAGAAGAAACAACAACAAUAGAGACAACCACAACUGAGUCUACCACCAGUCCCACAACUGAAGAAACAACAACAACAGCCAUGACCACCACAGAAUCUACUACCACUCCUACAACUGAAGAAACUACAGUCCCUGAAGAAUGCUUCUGUGAUUCAGAUCCACCAAGAAGGUGCAAUGAAACAUGGAAAGAGAACUGUGCAACCCUUACUUGUGUUAAAGACGAAAUGUUCAAAAUUGAACACGUUGCCUGUGAAUUACCCGUGAAACCAAGAUGUUACAAUGGGUUAAAACCUGUCAGAGUUGAAUCUCAAGAUGGUUGCUGUUCAAAGUGGGAUUGUGAAUAUGAUUGUCAGAUAUGGGGAGGACGACAUUAUCGUACCUUUGAUGGGAUAUUCUAUAACUUCUUUGAAAAUUGUACACAUAUUCUCGUGCAAGAAAUUAUCCCAAAAUACAAUUUUACGGUGAUACUCGAUAAUUAUUACUGCACAUCAUCAGCGGCUAAAUCCUGUCAACAAACAUUAAUUAUCCAUUACCAAGGAAAUGUCAUAUAUUUAACAACCGGACAACAACCUAGUAUUACAUUCAAUGGAGAAGCUGAGAGCUUUCCAUAUAAUGCAGAAGGAAUUUACAUUUCAAAGAUGGGUGUCAAUGUACGUGUUCAUAUUCCUUACAUUCGAACCACUAUUACUGGUCACAAACAUGUCAUCAAGAUUCAAGUACCGGAGCAAUACUUCCGAGAUAACACACAAGGACAAUGCGGUUGUCUAUCCAGAAAUGUGAAUGAUGAGUGUAAAAGAAGAAAUGGAAAAGCAGAGCCUCCUAACUGCUGCCACAAAACUGCAUUUGACUGGAAGGUUGAUGACCCAAAUAAACCAGAGUGCAGAGCAGCUCCUACAAACGUGCCCUGCACUCCACCUCCUCCUCCUCCAUCAUGUGAACAUGAAACUGUGUGUGAUGUCCUGAAAGAAAAUUCAUUCAGUGGUUGCAGAAACAAUAAGUAUUUCGACUUCUACAACCAGGCAUGUCAGUACGACAACUGCGGGACAAAUUCCACAGAAACUAAUUGUUCCAGUGGUGAAGAUGGCAGUUGUGAGUCACAUCCAGGUUCAGAUUCACAUUCAGGUCCAGGUUCAAAUUCCGGAUCAGGGCCAGAUUCACGUCCAGGUCCAGGUUCAAAUUCCGGAUCAGGUUCAGGUUCCGCCGAAAAUGGUUGCUCCAGCCAUGAAGGUGGCAACUGUGGGUCGAAUCCCAGAAGACCUGACUGUUCCAGCUUGGAAGCAGCUGCCCAAAUGUGCAAUAGAGCGGGACAGUGUGUCGACUGGAGAUCAUCUGCAAAAGGAUUAUGUGACUACAUUUGUCCGGAUGGUUUCAUCUAUAAAGCCUGUUCCAGACGUGAUCACAAUUAUUGUAAGAACAAUAUGAUGAUAGUUGGAGAACCUUUUGAUGUGCCUGCUGAAGGUUGCUUUUGUCCGGAUGGAAUGAUGCUAUCUGAAGAUAAGACCCAAUGUGUUCCUUCAUGCACAAGAUGUAAAGACAAUUCAGGAAAUUUAAGACAUGAUGGUGAACGCUGGUCCCAUCCCAAUAAUACGUGUAUUCACUUCAGCUGUACACAAGGUGUGGUAGUACAGAACAAAAUAACAUGUUCAUCUCGCCCAAGCUGUGAUGAGGCUUCCAGAAUAUGGGAUCAAAAUCACUGCUGCUAUGAUUGUCCACAGCCAUGGCAAAAUUGCAAAGUUCAACCCGUGCUGACGGAAUUAACCAAGGGUAGUUGUUCAGCAUUCGUUGAAGUUAAUUCAUGUGAAGGAUUUUGCAAGUCAUUUUCCAUAUUUGAUUCCAAAGUAAACCGCAUGGUGAAGAACUGCGACUGCUGUCAGGAAAAGGAAAUAGAAGAAAAGGAAGCAAAUCUGAGUUGCAAGAAUGGAAGGACUAAAAAGUACAAGUACAAAUCCGCAAAGACAUGCAUGUGCAAAACUUGUGGAGGCAAAUAAGACCUUUGCAUUAUCUGGUCAAUUUAACAGAAUUUUUGAAUGCAAUUAAAAUUUUAAAGGAAAUUAUAAAAAUCAAUGUUUCGUUUGCAAAUGUUACAUGGUAAAAUUAGGAAAAUGUUGAGUAUCUAUCUCAAGUUAUGAAAUUUGGAAUGUGGAUUCAAGAUCAUACCUUGUACAUGUUGGAACUUUUGAUCUGUUAGUAAAUAAGUUAAAAUCAAUAAAGCAUUUUCACCAAAUAUGAA